AAUCGUCUUCUGAUCCAGAGUGCUUACGGAGCAAUCCGGUGAUAGCCGAUGUGUAACGAUUCUUCAGAUUCCUGCUUAAGAUGAGAUUUUGAAGACAAAACGGUCCAGUUUUGAAGAAUCAGUUGAUACAAUUUGCUGAAAAUUAUUUGAGAGGGUAAUGCAACACAUAGUCAAGGAUGGCACUUGCACAAAACAAUUUGCGGUCACAGAUGUUGUGGGAAAACAUCAGGCGAGGCGACCUCUCCAAUGUCCGAACACUGCUACAGAAUAAAACCAUCAACUUGGAGGAAAGAGAUGAUAGCGGCCAGACGUUCCUGAUGCUGGCAUGUCAGAAAGGGGAGAUAAGCUUAGUAAGGGAGCUACUGGAGGCCGGCAUUGACCCCAACGCUAAGGACAAUGAUAACUGGACAGCAUUGACCUACGCUGCUAAAGAUGGCUACCUGGAGAUAUGUAUAGAACUUCUCGAGAAAGGUGCACACGUUGAGCACAGGGAUAUGUACUAUUGGACAGCCCUUAUGUGGGCCUCGUACAAGGGUCGUACAGAGGUCGUUCAAGAGCUGCUAGACCGGGGAGCGGACCCAAACAUCAAAGCUGAGCACAACAUGUCUUGUCUCUGCUGGGCUGCUGGUAGGGGUCACCUGGAGGUGGUAAGGUCGCUGGUCGAAAAAGGGGCCAAGGUUAACAGCACUGACAAGUACGGCACCACCCCGUUGAUCUGGGCCUGCAGGAAGGGCCAUGCAGAGAUUGUCAAAAUUCUCCUUGAAAGCGGGGCUCUUGUGGAUAACACGGGCAUGGACUCCCUGACUGCGGUGCUGGUUGCUACAAAGGGAGGCUACACAGAGGUCGUACAGUCCUUACUGGAACAUAACCCCAACGUAGCCGGAGUUGAUAAGGAUGGAUUUACAGCUCUCAUGAUAGCGGCCAAAGAGGGCUAUGAAGACAUUGUUCAGGAGUUGCUGGCCAAAGAGGCCUAUGUCAAUGUGGCUGACAGGGCAGGGGAUACAAUCCUGAUUCAUGCUGUCAAGGGCGGCUACCAUGGUAUUGUUCGUGCACUGCUCAACAGAUUUGCUGACGUAGAUGUGUCUGGAACGGAUCACAAGACCGCGCUGUACUGGGCCGCAGAAAAGGGUCAUGCUGACAUUGUGAAGCUGUUGCUAGGAAACGAUGCAGACAUGGAAAUUUCCACUAAGGAUGGUGAUACACCGUUAAUGCGUGCAGUGAGAAGCAGGUAUGAGCUGAUUGUGCGACUACUGCUUGACAAGGGGGCUAAAGUGGGAGUCUUUGAUAAGAAAGGGGACACAGCGUUACACAUCUCCUUACGAGCAAGGAGCAAGCGGAUCACAGAGUUGCUGCUGCGCAACCCACGGAACAGUCGCCUGCUGUACAGGCCCAACAAGUCCGGGGAGACCCCCUACAACAUCGACGCCUAUCACCAGAAGAGCAUCCUCACACAGAUUCACGGGCAUAGACAGCUGAAUGCAAGUGAUGGUGAGAACCUGCUGGGGUAUGAGAUCUACAGUAGCUCAUUGGCCGACAUCCUGAGUGACCCCUCCCUCAACACGCCCAUCACGGUCGGCCUGUAUGCCAAGUGGGGCAGUGGGAAGUCCUUCCUAAUUAACAAGCUACAAAGUGAAAUGAAGUCGUUCACAAAAGCCAAUGACGAGAACCAACUGGAGUUCACAUGGAGUCUGUUUAUAUUCCUGUUGAUCAUGAACAGCAUAGUUGGUUCCCUGUUGGCCCUCACUGUGAUGUACCAGGUCGGGCUGGGGGUCGGAUUUGGACUGUUUGUCUUUGAAUAUGGAUUUUUGGGUUUGAUAUGGCUGUGCUCAACUAGAUACAACGUGAAGUUUGCUGCGCGUAUCAGCCAGGAGAUUGGCAAGCGUCUCCAGAUACUGGCGCUGCCUCUACAGGUUCUCUUCUGUAACCCUGUGAAACGAUCCAGCUCUAAGGAUCAGCCACUAGUCAAAUUCCUGUUCUCGGAAAGCACAAAGCUGAACAGUGUGGGUGGAGAAAAGGCACUGGGCGCCAUGGUGGCAGGUCUAAGUGAGUCAGUGGAGAAAGAGUAUGGCAUGCUUGCUUCUAGAAUCUUCACAGUGCUGAAGCAUUCCACUGACAACGUUCAUGAUGACCCAGAGACCUACAUUGGACGCUUCAAGACGCUGUGCUGUAUUCCACUCUUUGUUCUCGUAGUUUUUGUUCUCCUGAGUCUGGUCACUGGAGUGACGUUGUUAAUGACGUACAAAUUCGAAAACAAAGCAGCAAACGGUCUCAUGAUUGGGUUUGCAUGUAUUGUCGGGGGCUCUGUGUUUCUAAACAUCCACAACUUUGGGAAGGCUGUGAUAUCUUUUAGCAUUCCACAAAAGAGACGCAUCAUGAAAGCUGCUAGCAAUGUGCAUCGAAUCAAGAUCGACGGUUUUAUGCAGGUCCUCAAACGUGAGGUUGCGCUCAUGAACAACUUCGUAGAAAUGGUUGACAAUUUCACAAAGAACACAACCAGGCUGGUGGUGGUUGUGGACGGUUUGGACAGUUGUGAGCAGGAGAAGGUUUUGCACGUCUUAGAUAUCAUUCAUGCAUUGUUCAACGAGGAUAAUUCCUGUUUUGUCGUCGUUCUUGCCGUAGAUCCGCAGAUCAUUAUAAAGGGCAUAGAUCAGAAUCUGAAGUCAGUUUUUCACGACACGAACGUGAACGGAUUUGAUUACUUGAGGAACAUUGUUCACUUGCCAUUUUACUUGCAAAGCCAGGGAAUUCAAGUGAAGAGACAGGAGUUGGCGAAGAGUAUCUCAACAUAUGAUGUGGGCUAUGAGUCCCCACAACACAACCAGAAAGCAUACAGGCAUAAGGAUUCGACUGUGUCUAAAGUGUCGGGUUUCUCACUUUUUGAGCCCCCUGUAUACCAGUUAGAAGGAGAGCACAGAGUAGCAGAAAAGCAUCAGGAGUCCAUGAUAUCUCAGAUCUCAGGUAUCACUGUCAUCGACCAGCUUCCCAAACGUGCUCGGUCUCGACCUCGGGAAAACAGCAUCACCCAGGCAACGCAUUCCAGCUUUGACAUCUCCAACACACUCACCAAGAACGACUACUUCAGUGACAUCAAUCCCAAAAGCAUGAGACGACUGAUGAACAUUGUGGCCGUGACAGGUCGUCUGCUGCGAGCAUACAACAUCGACUUCAACUGGUACCGUCUGGCGGCGUGGGUGAACGUGGUGGAGCAGUGGCCAUACCGUCUCUCCUGGAUCAUCAUGUACUUUGAAGAGAACGACGACCUUAGUGACGAUACCACGCUAAGGUUCAUCUAUGAGAAGAUAGAGCAUGAGAUCCCAAGCUCCAGUGAUGUUGAGCCCCUGAUUGAGAUAGACAGAAACAUACGCAAGCUGCAGGCCAUCUUGUCUAGCAAGUCCACCAGCUCCCCCAUGCUGGCCAUUGCAGACCUCAAGAAGUUCCUGCCAUGCACCAUCAACCUGGAUCCCUACCUACGCAAACUGAUCAGAAGUUUCCGCUCGCACCAUGCAGAUAUGAAUCCUGCCCUGUUCACACCUACAUCGAAUGGCAGACCAGGAGGGCCAGCAUCCAAGCCUGAUUCUGGAGAUCUGUCCAAGUACAGGGCAGGUGCAAACUGGCCCGGAAUGAAGCCACCUAUGGUCACCUCACCCGGUGGAAACAUGAUGAACUAUCAGCCCAUGAUGUACCCGCCGUAUAUGGCCAUGUCUCCACAGCCUUAUAUGAUGAAUAUGCAAGGGAUGGGCAUGCAAUUCAUGGGAACAGAAGAUGCUGGUGUGAAAAAAUCCACACAUCCUGGCCAGCUCAUUGCUGGCUUUAAAGAUAAAGAAAAGCUGAGCAAAAUGAGUACUGAAGAAGUUUCUACUUUGCUGGAGCGUAUAAAUGGUCUGAAUCACCGUCUCCUAUCCCAGUAUCAGCAGGCUGUUGUAGAAAACAACAUCAAUGGCCUAGUCUUAACGCAGUGUGGCCUUGACGAACUAGGAAAGUGCCUGCAGAUGAAAUUUGGAGACUGGCAAUUAUUCCGAUCUGCGAUCAGUUCACUCAGAGAGAGAGAACUUGAUAUUAAUGAUGAUGAUGACUUUGAAGGCAUUCCCUCGCCCAUUUCUAGGACUGUUAGUAUGUCUAGUAGGUCCAUCCAUUUCUCGAAGUCAGACAAAUCCACGUCAGACAUGAAUGAUAUCCAGUCAUCGUCGCAGACUCCCCAGUCAGAUUCUUCAAAGGAAGCAGAGCCUGUGGUUGGUUUCGAUCCGAUCCUAGAGGAAGACGAGGACACAAAAUCAAGGGGGUCGACCGACAUGUCAUCUUUGGGUGGAACGUUGCCCAAGGGAAUGAAGCGAAACGAUAGUAUGGUUGCUGAGGCCUUGUACGAAAGUGGCCUUCUGCAUGAUUUUAUGCAAAAUUUCACUGAGAACAUUUCAGAGGGAGAUGAAGAUGGGUUAAGCAACACAGAGGAAUGUUCUUUCAACAACUCCAACUCAAACUACCAGGAGGAGCAGACAACAAGUUCUGUCAUGUUUUCCCUGUCAGAUGUGUCCAAUCAGCAGCAGGACGAUCAUGAGGGCCACACUGAUGACAACCUUAGCACAGAGUUUGAACCACUGCUGCAGUCGACUGACAUUGAUCCUUUGGUGAUACCAAGGAAAUCGCCAAUACCAAUUCUCAAAUUUACCAAACAGGACACGGUGGAAUCAAAGACAAUGUCUGACACAAACCUUGAAAAUUAUAAUUUAAGACAUGAUUUCAUGAUAGUGCCAACCUUGAGUAGUGCUGAUUCAACUUCUUCUGGAGGAUUCGUUGCUGAAGCAGACUUCACACAGCAAGCUUCUUUGGACUUGGAUCACAGCGGCCUUGAUGAGCGACUGCUUCUAGUCAAUGAGACGCUUGACCCCAAGGGCAAAGAUUCCAGCAAGAAACUGAGCCUUCAGGAGAGCAUAUCACAGUUUACACUGGAAAGAGCCAGGCAGCCGCGUGUUGAGGAUUCAUCACUGUGGUCCUUUGGGGGGGCUGGGUCCUUUGAGACGACCAGUUCCAGCGCUCAGUUGAUAACAAAGAAAGAUAAAAAGUGGGGGGAAAAAGAGUCAGAAUCGUUUGUUUGAUUGUAUUUGAUUUAAAUCAAGGAUUGUGUUUGCCAAUGAUGGAUUUAGAAUUCCGGUGAUGAGCAAUAGCGCAUGGUUGCAUAAUGCAAUCGUUUUUGAUUUACUAGAAAUCCUUGAACAAACAUCAUUGCGCAAAUUUACAGAUUAAACAAUCUAUAUUUGUCUACAAUUCUGAUAAGUUGUCAGAAACUCUUGGAGAUAGCUAGAAUAAUUUAUUUGCUUUAUGAUUUGUCUUUCCUGAUAAGGGCAUUGUGAAUAACAGCUGAUUUUUGUGCUGUUGGUCUAGAUAUAUGGAUACUAGAAUUAGUUUGUACUUGUUCUGCAUCGGCAUUGCAUCUACAAAUAUGUUGUCUGUUAAAGAAUUAUCGGAAAUCAAGGUUAUUGCAUCAUUGAAAAAAACUGAAGUUAUGUACAUGUUACAAAUGUUGAAUUUAUUCUGGGAAUAAGGGGGACUUAUCAUUUGUGGAAAUGGAGAAAACGGAAUGGAUGACAUAGUUGCAUUUUAACGUGCUUUUUCACCUGUAUUGUCUCUUUUUUUAAUGCUGAUGCUUAUUAAUGUAAUUUGAUUGUUAUUUAUAAUUACAGUUGAAGCUUGUCGAUGUUUAUUUUAUGAAAGUCCAUUAAUAACUUAAUAAAUGUGUCAACUGUAAUACUGCGUUUAAAAAUGUGGGUUACAAAUGUUAUGUUGGAUUGAGUCUUGGAGGUGGUUUAUGUAAUUUUAUAUUAAAAUAUGAAGUGUUUUUUUAUGAUUUUUUUAUAAUCAGGCUUUUAAUUCAAAAGUGUUUAUUGUGUUAAUCACAUUUAUUCAAUAUUUGUUUACUAAAGUCUGAUUUUUUAAAAUCAGCAGAUUUUAUCACUUGGACCAUAUGUAUAUAAGUUUGUAACAUUAAGUGUUUGUUAUUUUGAGGUUUAAUACUUUAAAUUGUUAGGUAUGAAGUGAUUUUAUAACCAACGAAACUGAAACUGUUGUUUUUGUAUUUCCUUUGUAACAAUUCUGUUGUUGCUGUGAACUUGAAGUUGUUCAAAUGAAGUAUUCUUUAAAAAAAAAGAAAAUGCAUUUUUAGCUCACCUGAGCACAACGUGCUCAUGGUGAGCUUUUGUGAUCGCCUUUUGUCCCUUGUGUGACGUCAACACUUGCCUUGUUCACUCUCUAGAGGCCACAUUUAUUGUCCAAUCUUCAUGAAAUUUGAUCAGAAGAUUGGUUUCAAUGAUAUCUUGGAUGAGUUCGAAAAUGGUUACGUUUGCUUGAAAAACAUGGCUGCCAAGGGGCGGGGCAUUUUUCCUUAUAUGGCUAUAGCAAAAUCUUGUUAACACUCUAGAGGCCACAUUUAUUGUCCGAUCCUCAUAAAACUUGGUCAGAAGAUUGAACCCAAUGAUAUCUUGGACGAGUUUGAAAAUGAUGUUGGUUGGUUGAAAAACAUGGCCGCCAGGGGGCGGGGCAUUUUUCCUUAUAUGACUAUAUAUGGCUAUAGCAAAAUCUUGUUAACACUCUAGAGGCCACAUUUAUUUUCCAAUCUUCAUGGAACUUGCUCUGAUGAUUUGUCCCAAUGAUAUCUUGAAUGGGUUCAAAAAUGGUAACCUUGGCUUGAAAAACAUGGCUGCUAAGGGGCGGGGCAUUUUUCCUUAUAUGGCUUUAGUAAAAUCUUGUUUACUUUCUAGUUUGCUCGAUCUUCAUGAAAUUUGGUCAGAACAUUUGUUUCCUGUGUAGUAAAGUUUGGUUUUAUUAUGUCAAUAUUAUGUGACAUUAACUGUAUUGUGUAAUUUUUCAUAACACAGAAUUUUCAUAGUUAACAUAACUGUUUUAGUCAUUAACACUUAUGAUAAGCCUUUCAACUAAGAGAUAACUGAAAGAAAGACAUGUACAUGAUUUUGCAGUAUUUAUGCAGUAUUUAUCUCCCUUGUUUAACCUGGUUCAGUUAUCUAUUUUUAGUUCUGCUCUGGAAUUUGGGAAGAUAUUUAUCAUUGAUAAAUGCACUGUUCUGAGGGAAAAUUGACUACUCUGCCAUUGAUCUCUUCUGAACUGUAUAAAAUAAGCUGUUUUGGCUGAUUUAAACACCUCUUGAUGCUUUCUUGAAAAGUUAACAGCUCUUGAAAAAGGUUGGAAUUUUGAAAUAGUUUAACUCUUAAUUAUUUUUUACACCAGCAUCAAGACAUUUGGCAUUAUUUUCGAAAUUAUUCUUAUUAUUUAGAAUAUUUUUAUUUGACAUUUUCUAAAUUAGAAAAACUCUAUUCUAUUUCAAUAACUUUAGUAAAUUUUUCUUAUUUUUACAUUUGAUUCACUGAAGUUUUCUAAUCUCCAUAAAUAUUGUUCUUUAGAUUAAAUUAGACCUAUUUUGUAAACUAGAUUUUUGAGGCACUUUCUAGACUAACAGUAACUUAUAUUUAUAUCAGUUUUUUUGACAGAUUUUGAACUUCUUUUUACAUUCAUUAAGGUAUUUGCUGUAUAAUGUUCAUUUUUGUAACGAUACUUAGAUUCUUUAGACUUGGCUUGUACCCGUUCUUAAUUUUCUGUCAUUGUUCUUCAUUUUCCGAGUUCUUGGAAUAAAAAUAAGUUAUUUUUGUUAAAGCUGCCUUGGUUUUUUACUUAUAAAUAAAUUCUUUGAGUGUAUUUAGGCGUCCCUGACUGAACGCCUUUAGUUAAUUGAAUUACAACCAGUCAGUAUAGUCAUCGUGACCGGAAAUAAGAGUUCGUCAAAUAAAUAUUUCCGCAUUACAUAAGUGCUCACAAAGUAACUUGUAACCGUCCUGUGACCGGUUCAUUUGCGUCAGCGAAGGAGACCACACUACCACACCUGGAUAGGACAGUUGAGUUCGAUAAUGGUUUGGAUCGGUAAAAAAAAUGGCCACCAGGGGGGUCUUUUUCCUUAUAUUUAAAGCUUGUGAACACUCUAGAAGUCACAUGUUUUGCCUAAUCAUCAUGAAAUUUUGUUAAAACAUUAGUUAUGUGGAUGUCUCGGACGAGUUUGAAAAUGGUCAUGAUCAGUGUAAAAACAUGGCCGCCAGGAAGUGGGGCAGUUUUCUUUAUAUGUAUAUAGUGACAACAUGUGAACAGUCUAGAAGACACAUUUUUUUCCCAAUCUUCAUGAAAUUUGGACAUAUCUUGGAAGAGUCUUGGAAGAGUUUAAAAAUGGUUCAGGUCUGUUAAAAAAACAUGGACGCCAAGGGGCCAUUUGUUGUUCAUUCUUCAUGAUACUUGGUUAGAACAUUUGUUCUAUUGAUAUCUUGGGCUGCAAAGAACAGGUCAUUUCUUUUUGUCUCAGGUGAGCGACUUUGGGCGUUUCAGGCCCUCUUGUUUAAAUUUGUGUUUGUACUUAAAAUUUGCUGUUCUUUUCAAUUGUGCUAUGUACUGUAAUUAUUGUUGAAAAGUGUAAAUGUCCUUUGUUCUAUUAUUGUUAUUCCAAAGUGGAAGUGUGCUAUGUUGUGUUAAUAUCUUUGAAAAGAGUAAUAAUUUACCUUUUUUUGAACAAUCUUUUGUAAUUAAUAUUAUCUUUGAAAACAACUCUGAACAUGCUUUCUGCAUGAAAUAAAACUAUUUCUGAUAUAUUGUAAUAGUUUUGCAUGAUCUUUUGCAUUUGUGUCUGCAAAACUAUCUUUCCUCAAGUAACGAUAGUUUUGCAUGCAAUAAUACAAGUAUUUUUUCCAGUUUUGUCUGCAAGACUAUCGUAACUCGAGUUACAAUAGUCUUGCAGGGAAAACAGCUAUUUUUGAGUUACGUUAUUUCUGCGCUAUCAGCAUUUCAACUAUAAAAAUUGGAAAUGUAGUGCAAGUAAUUUUACAGUAUAUGUAUAGCAUUAAAAUACUAUGAAAAAUGCCAAAGUCAUUUUCUCAAAAAAGUAGUGUUAUGAUAAUUUUGUGUGGAGCCCAUGGUAUCCAACAUAGUUUUGUCUGUUAUGUCAACGAACACAAAUCUGAGCGGUACUUAUAUCUAGGCAUCGAAAAUUGAAAAGUAUUUGUAUUGUAAAGAUAAAUAAUUCUUUUGAUUAAAAAAAUUCAAAAACCGCCAUGGCAUAUAGGAUACGUUGUCUGCCUACCGAGUAGGAGGUCAUGGGUUCGAUCCCCACUGGGAACGUUCUCUAGAUCUCCCCAUAGACUCCAAGUACUUGUUCUAGUCCCAGGAAACGGGCUCGAGAAUUUCAAAUAAGCCUUAGGCUUUCGCCGCAAUGAAAUGAAGUUUAAACUAAAUUAAACAAACAAUUCUUUGUACUCAAUUAUUGACAUCUUAGUCAACAUGUCAGGUUUCAACAUACUUCUGUAUUAUUCAUAAGGUUUCAACAUACUUCUGUAUUAUUCAUAAGGUUUCAACAUACUUUUGUAUUUUUCAUAAGGUUUCAGCAUACUUCUGUAUUACUCAUAAUACAGUUGAACACCGUUAUUUCAAAGUCAUUUUUGGUUCCAUCAAGUGAAAAUAAAUGAUCAAUUUAAUGUUAUCUGUAUUCAGAACAAAAUAUGCAGAGUUGUUUGUUAUGUUCAAACAUGUUUUAUGAAGUUGACAAUUCCUACACUACCAAUGUUGUGUGUUAUGUGUUUUUCAAGCACAAUUCCUUGGACAUGUACCUUGUGUGGUCUCAUAUUUAUUGUUGUAGUUAUCAAAUAUUGAUGGAUACAAAAUUCUUUUGUUUUGAUAUAUUAUUAUUAUUUUUAUGUAUUAUUUACACCACCUUAUUGAAGCCAGAAAGAACAGUACUUAAGGUGCAAUAAAUGAUAACAAAGUU